UUAAAUUAUAAAACUUAUUUGUGCAGUAAGCAAGUAUGAAUAAUGAAUAUGAUAGAGAGCUCUUCGGCUCUUCCCAUAAAUAUAUGCUUGUGAAGCUGCACAAGGAACUCAUUAGAUACUUCCAGAAUCCAUUAGACCUCCAAACACACAAACUACCCCACAAAACCUCUUCUUCAUCUCCAACCCAAAACACUCCUAAAACACCCAGAAAAACCUCACUGUUUCGUUGAAAGCAACAAGCAAUGACAGGAGGAGGAGAAGGGAAGACAAGAAUAAAGCUAUUCUGCCCGUCUGUCUCGAAAAUAGUUCAGAUAAUUGCAUGCGAUGAGCAGAAACUGGACCUCGGCUCCAUCGCUAGGGCAUUCGGGCUUGACCCGAAUACUCUCAAACUCAACGGUCACUUCAUAAGUAGAGGGGUCGACCUCGUAGCAUCUUCCGUGACGUGGAAGUCUCUGAUUGGCUUCUUCUCUGCUCGCGGGCUGUCCACCGGCGCCAAUGAUUCUGAUGCUCUCCUUGUCGACGGCAAGCUCUCCAAAGUUGGCUCCAAAAGAUCACACGGCCUAGAUGAUUCUGGAAACGGGACUGUUAAAACGAACGAGCAGGGCUAUCAUAGAGAUAGUAAAAGGCCGCAGCAUGUGCGUUGCCGCUUACACAGCAGCGCAAAUGACAAGGGAAGUAAUUCAGGACAAGUAGAUUUGGUGGGUCGGGCAACAGGUGGUAAAGAAUUGAAGAGAAAGUGGUUGCUAGAAGAUUUAAGUCAUCUAAAGAGAACAAAAUCUGAUGAAGCUGUUUCAGGUCUUCAGGAGCGAAAGGACAGUUGUACCUCGCCAAACAGUGGAUUUUCAUGCAGCUUUAUCAGUAGAAACAUGAAGAGAACAAGAGACGAGGAGAUGCUUGCUGCUUACCCUCUAAAGAAAAUAAGAUAAUCAGAAGAACCUGAGAUAGUCGACAAAUACUCUCUUCUGUGGUUAGGAGCAAUGCGAAAUGUUGUAUGAAAUUGGCAACAAAGGGCUCAAAAAUAGUUCUGCUGUUGUAAGCAUUGAGUGCGACAAGCCUGCUCUGCACACAGUUGUAAAACAAUUUGAGCUUUUUGACAUUGCGUUUUGAUUGAUUGUGAAUAA